ACAUCACCAAACCUUUGUGUCGUGUUUGGAUCACCUUUUACAGAACUGCCCGAAUGCUGAAACCGUCUACACGCAACUGCUACAUCAGGGGCGGGAAACGUUUGGUAUUCUGUGCGCAGAGUUCAAAUGUCCUAAAGAAGUAGAGGAUGAGGAAGAAGAUACUGUUAGCUACUGCAUGAAGGAAUUUUACAGCGUUGAACCAUCAACUGCAAAAUAUUGCCAAAAAUUACAACAAGUUCCAGAGUGUAUUCAUGACGUUAGGUUCUCUGUGUCCACCAUUACGAAGUCCAUUCAGACUUGA